AUGGCUAGUAGUGGUGCGGGUGGUAGUGGCGCGGGUGAUAGUGAGGGCCGACGAAUUAAUGAAGAAUUGCAGGCCGCUAUGACAGGGGCGAUAGAUCGCCUGCUACGCGAGGCGAUGCAGCGGCAGCAGCAUGCGGCGAUACCUCGCCCGAUCCGCUGUCGAGCUAUAGUACCCCGGGACCACAUCGCUGCACAUCAUCGAUUAUUUGAGGAAUACUUUGCUCCAGAGCCGCGUUUUGGGGAUGCCUUAUUCCGACGAUGUUUUAGGAUGCAACGUCCGCUAUUUAUGCGUAUCGUGAGUGCUUUAGAGCAUCGAUACGAGUAUUUCAGGUUCAGGGAGGAUGCGGCGGGCAAACCCGAUCACACGCCCAUACAGAAGUGCACUGCCACAAUCAGGCAGCUGGCGUACGAAGGCGCGGCCGACAUGUUUGACGAGUACCUCCACAUUGGCGAGUCAACAGCCCGCGAGUGUCUGUAG